AUGGGUCUGGAAGCCGCCGCCGCCGGCGGCGACGGCGAACAAGAAUCCAAAACACCCAACCCCACCGCCGGCGAGAGAUCAAGCAGUUCCCUCCUCCCGAGGUACAACUCGCCGCUGGUCCAGGUCAUCCUCAUCGGCCUCGUCUGCUUCUGCUGCCCGGGCAUGUUCAGCGCGCUGUCCGGGAUGGGCGGCGGCGGGCAGGUGGACCCCACCGCCGCGAACAACGCCAACACGGCCCUGUACGCGGCCUUCGCCGUGUUCGGCGUCCUCGGGGGCGGGAUCUACAACGUGCUGGGCCCGCGCGUGACGCUCCCGCUGGGGUGCGCCACGUACGCGCUCUACGCGGGCUCGUUCCUCUACUACAACCACUACAAGCGCCAGGGGUUCGUGGUCGGGUCGGGCGCGGUUCUCGGGGUCGGGGCGGGCCUGCUGUGGGCCGGGCAGGGUGCGAUCAUGACCUCCUACCCGCCGCCAAACCGGAAGGGCGGGUAUAUUUCGCUGUUCUGGAGCGUGUUCAACACCGGCGGGGUCGUCGGCGGGCUGAUCCCUUUUGCUCUCAAUUUUCACCAGGGAGACGGUGGCGGGUCCGUUACGGAUGGGACGUACAUUGGGUUCAUGUGCUUCAUGGUCGCAGGCGCUCUCCUCUCGUUGGCAAUCCUCCCGCCGAGCAAAGUGAUCCGAGACGACGGCAGCCAAUGCACGCAACUCACCUACUCAAAGCCCUCAACCGAAGCCAUCGAGAUCCUGAAGCUCUUCGGCAACUGGAAGAUGCUCCUGAUCGCGCCCGCAGCUUGGGCCUCCAACUUCUUCUACACCUACCAGUUCAACAACGUCAACGCGGCCCGUUUCAACGUCCGGACCCGUGGGCUCAACAACGUCUUCUACUGGGGGGCCCAGAUGGUGGGCUCGUUCGCCAUCGGACACAUUUUGGACUUCAGCUUCGAGAGCAGGCGGCGCCGGGGAUUCGUCGGGAUCGGGAUCGUCGCCACCAUCGGGACCGCCGUGUGGGCCGGCGGGCUCGCGGACCAGCUGGACUACUCGUACGGCAAAUUGCCGCCCAAGUUGGACUUCAUGGACUCCGGGCCCAAAUUCGCGGGCCCGUUCGUGCUGUACUUUAGUUAUGGGCUUCUGGACGCGUUGUUCCAGAGCCUGGUGUACUGGGUCAUCGGAGCUCUGGCGGAUGAGUCGGAGGUUCUGAGUCGGUACGUUGGGUUCUACAAAGGGGUGCAGAGCGCCGGCGCUGCGGUGGCGUGGCAGCUCGAUACGAAGAAGGUUCCGAUGCUGACUCAGCUGGUUGUGAAUUGGGGGCUUACUACGGUGAGUUACCCUCUGCUCGUCGUUUUGGUGGCGUUGGCUGUUAAGGACGAGGUGAAGGGAGAGCGAGAAGGGAAGUCAUCGUCGGAGAACAAGAUCGGCUGUGAAGAUGAUGAGCGUGGCCGGCCAGUUUAG